AUGGUUUCAUAUAUAGCCGGAGAAGUAUUCCUGAGACCUGUUCAAAUCCCUCCACCACCACCCAAAAGGAAAGAAAAAAUAAUUGCUUUAUUCAUCUUGACUACCACUCCAUUGGCCGGUUUUGUUUUCCCAUAUAUGCUCACGCGUAACAUUUUUAGAGUUGAUCAAGUUCAAAGUGCUAGGCAUACACAAUUUCUUAAGGUUAAGCCUAAAUCUCUUGUUCCGCCGGACAACUUUUACGGGUAUUUGCCGAAAGGAAUGCCGGUGCCGCCUUCAGGUCCUUCGAGGAAGCACAAUGACAUUGGAUUACGGGGCUGGCAGGGGUCACCUUGA